GGAAGAUUUUCUCCCCCUCGGUCAGACAGGUCGUUGCGACAAACACCUCAGCUCGUUCAUUUCCUUGCCAUUCUCGCCUUUUCUCACAAGUCUGUUCUUUACUGGGGCCACGUGUUGUCAAAAUGUCUCCCGUUCCGAUCCCCCCUCCGUCCGACGACAUCGCGACUCUUCUGCAGUCCGUCACGCCCCCGACGAUGCCCCCGCACCGGUCGCACGACCCCUCCAACAACAUGAAGCGCAGUGACCCCUUCCAGUUCGGCUCUCGGUACCUGGAGCAAGGAGAUGAUGUUUUCGAGUUCAACGCAUGGGAUCACGUGGAGCCCGAUGACGAGUUCAAGGCAUUCGCUGAGGAACAGUAUGCCAAGCAGCGCGACGCUCCAGUAUCGGAGUUCGACCGCAACCGCUUCAACGCUGACCCGGCCAAGUGGUGGAACCUCUUCUACAAGAACAACACGUCCAACUUCUUCAAGAACCGCAAAUGGCUGCGCCAGGAAUUCCCGGUUCUCGACGAAGUGACUCGGGCGAAUGCGGGCAAGCAGGUCGUGUUGGAGGUCGGUGCAGGCGCCGGAAACACCGCUUUCCCGCUGCUGGAAAACAAUGAAAAUGAGGAGUUGAUGGUCCAUGCUUGUGACUUCUCCAAGACCGCCGUCCAGGUUAUUCGUGACAGUCCUAAAUACGACACCAAGCACAUCACAGCGGACGUGUGGGAUGUGAGUGCUACUGGGGACGAUUCGCUGCCUCCUAAUGUGGCAGAAGGAUCGGUUGAUGUCGUUGUACUCAUCUUCAUCUUCUCUGCCUUGGCUCCCAAUCAGUGGGAACAGGCUAUCCGUAACAUCUAUCGCGUCCUGAAGCCAGGUGGAAAGAUUCUUUUCCGCGAUUACGGACGAGGUGAUCUCGCUCAGGUCCGAUUCAAGAAGGGCCGGUACAUGGGCGAGAACUUUUACAUUCGGGGCGAUGGUACGCGCGUGUAUUUUUUUGACCGGGACGAGCUCGAGAAAAUGUGGGGUCAGUGGACACCGGAGAAGGGACUGCCCAAGGGACUUGUGGCUGAGGCAGAGAAUACCGCCACUGACGAAGCCGCUGCUACUGAAGAGAUAACCGCUAGCGAACAGCAAGGCGUCUUCGAAGUGAUGAAGUUGGCUGUCGACAACCGACUGAUCGUCAAUCGUCAGCGCAAGAUCAAGAUGUAUCGUUCCUGGAUUCAGGGGCACUUUGUCAAGACAGUCAAAGCUACUGCUGCUGACAGUGAGAAGAACGAGUCUUGAUUGUGCAUUGCAAUCGACUAGAGUGUUACUACACCGCAACCUUUGCGAGAUGGUGGCCAUUUGAUACAGUCAUACCGCGCCCACCACAUCGGCGUUCACCGUUAGAUGAGCAGCUUGGUGGUUCAUACUGAGACUAGUAUUGUCAGUCACGGACUGUCGAUACAUAUCGGCUCGCAGCCUCUGGGGCUUUCCAGAUGCUUCUAUCAACCGCGUCAGGUGUGGUAUUCGGUUCUCAGUGGUCAUGAGAUUCGCCUUACUCCAAGAUCAUUGGCUCCAUGGCACCAUGUCCGCGCGUGAGAGAAUGUUUGUCGUUCUUUCAAUUGGCAUCACGACUUUUUCCAUGGUGGAUGCUCUACUAAAGUAUUCCAUUCUCCAGUUCAGAACUGUACGAAGAUACGACCGACACGAUCAAUCCAUUAGAUCUAGAUUAGUUAUAUAAAGAGGAAUAGAACAUCAAACCUGGUAUUGGCUC